AUGCCGACCAUCUCCGUAGACAAGUACAAGCUCUUCGAGGCUCUCGGUCGCAAGUACACCCGCGAAGAGUUCGAGGAUCUCUGCUUCGACUAUGGCAUCGAACUUGACGAGGACACCGAGGACGAUGAGCGGCCUGUAGUCGACGGCAAGCAGGAGCCGCCGCAGCUGAAGAUUGAGAUCCCCGCCAACCGAUACGACAUGCUCUGCUUCGAAGGCAUCGCCCUAAACCUGAACAUCUUCCUCGGCCGAACCCAGCCUCCCAACUUCCGCAUCGUCGAACCCAAGGACGCCGACCAGCAGGUCAUCACCGUGCACCCCGAAACCCUCAAGGUCCGCCCCUACGUCGCCGGCGCCGUCCUCCGCAACAUCAAGUUCACCCAGGACCGCUACGACUCCUUCAUCGGACUGCAGGACAAGCUGCACCAGAACCUGGCUCGCAACCGAACCCUUGUUUCCAUGGGUACCCACGACCUCGACACUGUCAAGGGUCCCUUCACAUACGAGGCUCUGCCGCCUAAGGACAUCAAGUUCAAGCCCCUCAACCAGACCAAGGAGAUGAACGCCGAGGAGCUCAUGGCCUAUUACGAAAACGAUAAACACCUGGGACGCUUCCUGCACAUUAUCCGCGAUGCGCCCGUAUACCCCGUCAUUUACGACGCCAACCGCGUUGUCUGCUCCCUGCCGCCGAUUAUCAACGGCGAGCACUCCAAGAUCACCCUCGACACCACAAACGUCUUCAUCGAGAUCACGGCCACCGAUUUGACUAAGCUUGGAAUCGUCACCAACAUGCUCGUCACCAUGUUCUCCAUGUACUGCGCCGAGCCCUUUACCGUGGAGCCCGUCAAGAUUGUCUCCGACCACAACAACCUUACCCGUGUUGCGCCGUCCCUCCGACCGCGCGAAACUACCGCCGAAGUCGACUACCUUAACAGCUGCACCGGCCUUGACAAGACCCCUCAGGAGCUCUGCGAUCUCCUCACAAAGAUGGCGUAUGUAUCCAAGCCCUCCGGCACCAACGCCAACCUUCUGGAAGUUGCCAUUCCCCCUACGCGCGCCGAUAUCCUACACCAGUGCGACAUCAUGGAGGAUCUCGCCGUCUGCUACGGCUACAACAACCUACCCCGCACUAAGCCUAACCGCAGUGCCACUGUCGGCGGCCCCCUACCCAUCAACAAGCUCGGCGAUCUCGUGCGCAUGGAGGCCGCCAUGGCCGGCUGGUCCGAGGUCAUGCCCCUAAUCCUGUGCAGCCACGACGAGAACUUUGCUUGGCUGAACCGCAAAGAUGACGGCAACACCGUCGUGCGCCUUGCCAACCCCAAGACGCUUGAGUACCAGGUCGCUCGCUCGUCGCUGCUGCCCGGCCUCCUCAAGACCAUCAAGGAGAACAAGGGCCACAGCGUGCCCAUGCGCAUCUUCGAGGUCGCCGACGUCGUCUUCAAGGAUGAGCGCGAGGAGCGCAAGGCCCGGAACGAGCGCCACUUCGCCGCCGCCUGGUGCGGCAAGACCUCGGGCUUCGAGGCUGUCCACGGCCUCCUCGACCGCGUCCUCCUCAUGCUCCGCACCGCCUUCCUGACCGAGGGCACGGACACCCCCGGAAAGCCUGACGGUUACUGGAUUGAGGAGCUCAACGAGGAGACCUUCUUCCCCGGUCACGCCGCCGCUGUCCACCUGCGCCUCGCCGGCAAGGAGGUUCGCAUCGGCGAGUUUGGCAUCCUACACCCGACCGUCUUGGAAAAGUUUGACCUGAGAUAUGCUGUUAGUACUCUGGAGAUAAACCUAGAGGCUUUCCUAUAG